CUUACCCUGUAUAAAACGGAAGAUGUUGUAUAUAAAAUUAUACUAAAAGAUGAAAACCUGUCUAAUGAGAAAACGGAAGAGAUUUUUAUAUAUAGAAUACGUAACAGAACCUGUGUAAAGCGGAAUUUUUGGCAUAAAACCUGUUGCAAAUAUAUAAAUUUUCUUUGAUAAAUCAAGAUUUAAGAUGGAGAUUAAACAGUAAAGAAUCUUCGACAGCUUCUCAUCUUUGUAUAUUGAGAGGAGGAAGAGGGAGAGAGGAUGGAGAAACAUAGACAUUAUUCACAGAAAGGAUGUUUAUAUUUAGAAACACGAAAACGAUAUUCUACAUGUUUAUAUCUCUAUAUUUUGUCAAAAGCCUGCAACCGCACACUGAUAAGAUCACAAAGUCAGAACGUGAAUAUCAGGAACAGAAAAAUAAAUUAAUUGAAGAGAUUUUAUUACAACAAAUUGAAUUAUAUUGGGAAUGCCGACAAAUUGCUAAUCAGUUUAAUAAUAAUGAGAUAUUCUGUCCUGCCAUUUUUGAUGGCUGGAUUUGUUGGAAUGUAACCAAAGCUGGACAUCAAGCAUCUAUGCCAUGCCCUUCUCUAGGUCAACACAAACGUUCAACAGGAACUGCAUUGAAGAAUUGUUUAUGGAACGGGCAAUGGGAAACUAAUUACAAAGAAGAAGAAAUUGCAAAUUAUGAUUCCUGCUCGUUUGACCUUAAUGAGUAUUUAGGGAUACAAAAAAGAUUAAAAGAAUUAAUUGAAAACUUUUCCAACUUGGAUAAACCUCCUCGAGAUAAUUCAAAGUUAUCAACCGCCUACGAACAGUGUAUAAAAAGAUUAGUGUCGACAAGUAAAACUUUUACAGGUGAAUAUUGCACGGGGACAUUUGAUGGAUGGAGCUGUUGGAACGACACACCUGCUGGUGAUAUAGCAUAUUCUACAUGCCCCGAUUUUAUACUUGGUUUUUUACCUGAUAGUGAGUAAGAUCGAUUUAUAUAAUGUUUAAUUUAAAACCUAUUCGUCAAUGGAUGAUAAAUUUCAAAAAAAAAGAGAGAAAAAAAAAAGAACAAACUUCUUCUCAAGCAAGCUGUCAGUUUAAUAGAAAAUUCAAUUUGAAGAUAGACCAGUGACGUAAAAAAAAAAAACGACA